AUGAAUGAGGAGAAGAUGCUAAUACCUCGUAAGACUCAGCUCCAAAAGCAUGUUGAGGUAUGUUGUACUUGUUAUUCAUUAUUCGUUUUUAUUUUAGGGAUGCCAGAAGGUUGCGUUACUGGAGAAGUCGGGUAAAGUCAAGGAACGGGUGUACUGGUCCGGCAGUAAAGCAAUUGUUUACAGAGGUGUCACGAAUGUCCUUCUGCGGACACAUUUCACUGCGGGUCCGAUUCACAGUGUAAGUACAUUGGUCUGCAACUUUUUUAUGGACUGGUCGUUGGAUUUAUCUUGAUUACUUCUUUUAUUCAUGUUCCAGGUCUUUUACCAUGACUUUGGCACAGAAGAACGACCCCGAAUUCAUCUUGUUGUCUGUUCAGAAGAUGAAUUGAAGAUGAUCUCUUUACAAACGAACGAAUGUCAUUCCUUAUCAUUACCCAUGAAAGUAAGUGAAGAAUGUUUUAUUUUAUAUUAUUUUUUAGUUCGAAGCCUGCUUUCGCUGCGAGGAAGGUCUUUUGCUAGUACGCAGCCGGAGUGAUGAAGAGUAAGUUUAGUUUGUUAAUUUAUGUCUUCAUUGUUUAGGAACCGAGGACCUGCCACAAUCUAUUCAAUUACCCAUCCUAAUGGCGAGCUUUUGCCAGUGCUAUGCCGGUUCAAAGACGAUGAUCUUGUCGCCCAGUUCUCGCAAAAACGGCUCGAAUUUGUCUCCGACUUUGGAAAGACAAAGUUUUUGUUUGGAUUCGACAAUCAGAAAGGAUUAAACUGCUUAUUCGCGAUAAGAAGAUGUUCCGACGACGAGAAACGCAUUGCUCGGCAUGAUCUGAGCAUGGCCGCAAACCGCUCCUUUUUCCCCUUUUCGGCCGGGACUUCUGGUAUUCGUAGGUUUUGAAGGCUCUAGGCCAAAACUUUCGAAUUCUUUCCAGAUUCAGAGUACGGCACGCCGAAUCAGUCGAAGGACGUGAGCUCUUCGACACCUCUUGGAUACAGCAUUUUGAAGAGACUCAAGACCCCGGGAGUGGCUGGAUCUCCAAUUCCUUUCAUUCCAAAGACCAACGAAAAGCCGAAGCUCACUGAAAACGCGGUGACCAUGCGCAUGCUCUCUUCCUUUAGUAAGUUCAGCUUUUAUCCAUAUUAUUGUUCGUCAUGUUUAGGCAACUACAAUUCAUAUCAACAGCCGUUGGAUUACACCUCGGCCACGUCUGUUCUGAGCGCAAUCACAGGACAGCCGGAAGUUGAAUUCGACGAAAAUUCGGUGGAAUUCGCGUUGGAAUGCGUUUGGACAGAUGAAGCGCAAAAGUCAGUGCAAGCACCAAGAAGCCCGUCCAGAUUGCCAGUCAUGCAGUCUCCCCAAAUCCCCGGCUCCGUUCUGAAACGAGCGACCAAAGGUAGAUCGAAGGUGGACAGAGAUCUGAUCGAGCAGCUGAAUAAGGUAGACUGAUUAUUCUAUUGUUAGUUUGACAAAUCUUUUUUAGGAUCUUCAUCAAUCAAAGAAAGCUAAAUCUGCAUUCCUGACGACCGACUUUGACAAGAAAACGUAUUUGGUCAUUUCAAGGGCGAAUAAUGUGCAAGUGGUGGAGAUAAAUCCAAAAACGGGAACUUCUUUGACUAAAAUGACAACCCUGCAAGGUUGCCAGGCUUUUCAAAUACCGGGAAGAGAGUUGUGGAUAAUGGCAACCAGCACCCCCAUUGGCCUCAUCAUGUAUUCGGGCAUGGAGAAGGUCGCUGAUAUUGCGACUUCAUUUCUUUUACCCGACCGACCUCAUCAUCAACUGCUUAGGGUUGUGCAGUUGAUAACAAGAGGAGGAUUCGACUUUGAAGCCGUGAGUUUUUUAUUUAUUUUAGAUUCAGUUUAGGUAAUAUUAUUAUUGGACAAAAAGAUAUAUUAAAAUCGGAAAAAUUUUUUGGUUCACCCUAAUAGAAUAAAUCAAUUGUUUUUUGAUUGCAGAUUGUUGAAAUGACCACAACCUCGAGUGAAACGCCUUCGGAGCCGAUGUACAAGAAGCCUCGAAGCGGCUUCACUUCACCCAGAAAGAGAUGCUUGGCUUCCGAGGCUCAUUUCUCUUUCGGUCAGGUAACCCAGAGCCCGGCGAAGGAAGGAUCGGAUGGGCAACGAAGGGGUUGGUUCCGAAGCAGCGAUAUAAGUUUUUAUUUAGCGUCUACUAGCCAGUCCACUCCCGAAUCGGAAUUCUUCCAGUUCCGGGUGUUGCUAGAGGUGGAACCAACGACGAAUGUGGCCAAUGAAUUUUUUAAUAUGAUCCUGUCCAAUAUCGAGUCACAAGAACGGAAGAUAAAGUUUCUGAGGAAUUGGGUGAUAAAGAAUAACUUCCGAAUCACAAGAAGCAACAUGGACGUUAUUAUGGAGAUCGAAGCGGGACUCGUGUUUGAGUGUUUGCUGGAAACGGCGGGGAUUAACCCGGAGGAAAUGCCUUUCAUGCGUCUGGUGAGCUAUUUUCUUAAUGGAUAAUGAUAGUAGAGGGCGUAGAAUAAAGAAGCCCUGUUUAGGUGAAUCGACGUCGCGACUGGCUCCAACAUGGACGGAAUACACCAUUUUUUGACGAGAAAAGAUCGAGAACGGAGGAGCAGACGGAGGAACUUGGGGAUGUAAGUUCUCCAAUAUUUUUUAUGAGUUGCCGAAUGAAGUUUUAUACAGUGGGGGACCUGAUCCAGUGGCAAAAAACGUACUAUUUUUUAUCCGGGAAGUGCCAAAAAUGUGGCAAAAUGCUUCCCUCUCCAAGUGAAAAAAACUUCGUUUUGAAGGGCGCGCCUUUUCCCUCACAAAAAGAGGAUUUUGCCACAUUUUUGAUACUUCCCGGAUGCAAAAUGAUACGUUUUUUGCCAAUGGAUCAGGUCCCCCACAGUAGAAAUUGACAAGAAAUUGAUGAUUUUUAGAGCCUCAGAAGACUCCUCGAAUAUAGACGGGAUCACUCGGAUGCCUUGGAAGAGUCCGCCGAAAUUGUAAUCGAUCAAAAUCCACAAGACGAUCUCACUCCAGAAGACUUGGCUCGCAUUCUCAAAUCAAUUAUGGAGUUUCUGGCCUAUGAGAAGCUGAACAAGGACAAUUCGCGACUGGUCAGAUGUGUUUGUGAAGUCGGAAGAGUCCUCUCGGAGGUCCUCGGCCUUCCCAAUUUCACCGAUUUCUUCGAACGACAUUGCCCCGAACUGCGCAACACCCGCUUUAUCGCUCAAUUCACCAUGAAAGCGGACAUCGACAUACCGAAGAUAGACCCGGUUGUGAAAUUGACCGAACAGAUGGAGCAAUCAUUGAUUAUCCCGGAGAAACGAACCGAGCCUGGACCUUUUCUCAGCUCGUCACAGCGGAAUAAACUAAGGUGUGCAUAGAUGAAGAUGAUUUUUGUAUUGACUUGUGGGUGUUUAGGCUUUUACCGACAAGCGAAGAAAUCGCGAAAUGGGAGAGAAUGCGGUGGCCGACGGACAUUCGGGUCAGCAAUGUGUCAACCAUGUUGGAUUCGUCCAAACCUGUGCUUAUUCCUGUAAGAAAUUGAAGUUUUUGUUUCGAAUUUUGCGGUUGAAGAUUGAUAUUGUUGAUAUUGUAUAGUGGAUGGUAACCUUUGCUCAAAUUCAUUGUUUCAGGACCUUCGCCAAGGACAGAACGUUGCCGAGUCGCAAUUGCGCGAAGCCCAGGAGAAAUUCCUUCAGAAUGCGGCCUACCGCACCAUUACCCGAGCCUUCGGCUACGCACUUUUGCAUUUCCAGUCGCAACAAUCGGAAGCAAUGGAAACGGCCGUGAUCGAGAAGGUGAAUCUGAAUGGCAAACUGGCCCCAUCCAACAUGAAGCUGGAAUUCCCGAAUCCGGACAACCCGCAGACAAAAGCCGCCCAAAAACAGAUGCUGGAAUGGGCCAACUUUUAUAACGGCGUCUCCAGAGGCUUGUCCACCAUUCUCGGAGCAGAUGCGGAGAGAAAUAAAAAUGUGCAGGAGGAGCUGAUGGACCAUCACUUUCAUUUGUACGGACGGCCUAAGGCCAAUGUGUUGGAUGCGGAUGCAGAAGUAAGUGGGAUCAGAGUAGUGUAAUUGGCGUUAUCUUCGAAGACAGUCUUUAGUGGAGAGUGAUACUUCUUAAUGGUAUCAAUCUCGACGACUUAUACCCGUCUUCGUCAUGUCCUCACCCUUCAAUUUUCAGGCGUUCGGCCGUGUUCAAGACGAGAUCCAGGAAUUCCAACGCCGCGAUCAUCUCCAGCGCCCCAACAAUGAAGACGACGGCCCGCGAGUCGUGGAUUGGGAAUGGGUCUUCCACAAGAUCCGCGAGGACAAGGAAUGCAGCCCUGUGUUGGCGGGAUUCCUUCUGGCAGCCGGGCUCUCGGGCCAGUCGAUGAGUGUCAACCCCUAUGAUCUCCAUGAGUUCCUCUCCCUUUACGAUAAGAUGGUUGUAGUCGCCCUUCUGCUGGGAACAUCAGUUGCGUAUCGAGGAACGGCCAAUGUCUAUGUAAGUGAGAAUGUUUUACAGUGUUAGUCUUCUCCUUGAUGCAAUUGUAAACAGAGAUUCAUUUCUUUUUUUCAGAUGAACAAAAUCCUUUACACGCAUCUGCCAUUCCUUCUUCAGCCAACAGUCUGCGAUUUCCGAAUCGAACCGAGCAUCCAAACCGUCUCCCUUCUCUCGCUGGGCUACCUCUUCGCCGAGUCAAUGCAUGCCCAACUCACCAACGACUUGAUAAACCAAAUGUCCAAAGAGACCUUCUUCGAGACGGAUCCGGGCUCCGAACGCUACUCAUAUGUGCUGGCCGCCGGUCUGGCGGUUGGUCUCAUAAAUUUGUGCAAGGGCGACGAAUUGGCCCAGCUCGAACUUCCCGUCCAAGUCAGCCAUUUACGGAUCCAUGAGAGGCUGUUGUUGUUGUUGAACGGAGGACUCCGGGACCUGGUCAUCGUCUCGUAUCAAAAGGAUCCCUGUACGCUCGCACAACAUGGAUGCUGUUCGUGUGGAAUGAGUCGAGCAGAUCAACGAUAUCAACCACAACUCCAUCAACAUCAUCAUCGACAAAGAUCGGAUAGAGUGGGAGAUGGUAAGCGAUUAGUAUUUGUUGUUUAUCUUAUUCAAAAAUUUCUUUUCUGUAUCGUUUUAUUGGUUAUCUCUUUUGCAGAAGGAGCAGGCGCUAAUGGCGGAACCGGAUCGACCUCCGUCUCGGCCGCAUCUUCACACGUCGCUGAACUCAGAAAUGUCAACGUUCAUCUGAGUGCACCCGCGGCAUGCGCCGCUUUCACCUUGAUCUACCUCCGAACAAACAACAAGAACAUUGCGCGGAAGUUGGGCAUCCCCGAGGAACUUCAUCAAUUGGGACUGAUCAGACCGGACAUUAUUUUGCUGAGAACCGUCGCCAAAUGCCUCGUCAUGUAUGAUUCGGUGGGCCAAACGAAUGAAUGGAUCGACUCCCAGAUUCCACCGACUCUCAGAGAGUACUUCAAGUUGACCAAGAAGCCGGCCAAGCGCACGGAGGACUUGGGAAUGCUGGCCAGGGCCUAUUUAUACGCCAAAGCGGGAGCCUGCUUCGCAAUGGCACUGAAACAUCCAAGCACAUGGAAUGAGAAAGUUACCAGGACCUUGGUAAGUUGAUGGGCAAGCAUUAGAGAGAAUGGUGAAACAAAAAGACUGCAUUUGAAAAAUAACUUUUUUAGGGCCGAAUUUGUGCGGCCGAACCCACGUUACGCUAUGUUACAGUAACCCGACUGCCGAAAUUCUGUGUUUGUUAUGACGGGCAUGGCCUAAAACAUAAGUAUUACCAAUUUCAGACAUUUAUAAUCAGUAUUUUUCUUGUAAUGGUCGAUUACUGUAAAAUCAUUAAAUUGUAAAUUACAGUAGGUUAAUCCAGGAAUUGGGCAAAAAUAUUUCAGGAUUAUGUUCAUAGGAUGCCUACAGUCAUUUUAAAAUCUAAAACUCAAAAUCGGUUUUUUCCUAUGUCCAUGGCUGCUCCAGUGACUCAAAUAACUUGCCUGUAUUCUUUCAGAAAGAUGCAUUCGAUCAGCUGUCCAACGAACCCAGCUACAGCUUUGCGUUCAUGCUUUCAAAGGCCGGAUUGAACGCCGUGGAGGCGUGCAAGAAUGUGAUCAUGAGCGCUUUGGCGAUUGUAAGUUGCUUUGAAAGUAUUGAUGAUCUUUUCUGACAUUGGAAGUACUCCAAGUGCGACGCUCAGAUUUUGAUGAAACUUGGCACAAAUUUAGAAUAAUUUUUUAAAAGAUAUAUGCGAGAAUCCUAGCUCGCGCUUUGCAGAAACAACCGAGAUUUUUAGAUCGAAAGUCGGCGAAAAUUUAGGACUUUUUGCCGAAUUUCGGCACGAAAAGUUUGAUGCCUAUUUCUGCCAUAAAGGAUAAUGUUUCGACAAAAAAUCAAAUUUUUCCGCACGAAACUGCCAAAGUUGUGGCCAAAAAGCGCUUUUCUUUCUGACCGCUCUCCACGUUUAGCGUGCUCUCUCGGCGGCAAAAAAAAUCGUUCGAUAUCUCGGCGGCGCCCGCAAAGCGCGAGCUAAACCUUUCAGGAAUUGAUAUUUAGUCCAUACCCGAAGUGUGUGCAAAAUUUAAAGAAAAUCUGAGCGUCGCACUUGGAGUACUUCCCCUGUGGGUUUGACUUUGUCUUGAAAGACGCCUGAUCUUGACUUGAAGCCUUUUGUUUCAGGUGAAUGCGGGCAGUGGAGACGUCUCCUUGAUCCGAGCUUUUCGCAAAUGCCGCAAUCAGAACACGAACUUCCUGACGGCCCCCAAGGAGUCGCAUCUGUUCUCCACUCAGGUCGUCUCCAACAUGUGCAUUGGAAUGCUGUUCCUGGGGCACGGACGCUAUGGCCUCAGCAUGUCGAAUAUGUCGAUUGCUUCCUUGUACAUCUCGUUCCUUCCCAUUUAUGGGCACGCGAUAUACGACAAUCGAUGUUAUUUCCAAGCCUUCCGGUUCCUAUGGACCCUCGCCAUAGAACCCAGGUUUCUGGUUACGGUAGCCGAUGGAUCUCAUCAUGCGAUUGAAGCCAAACUAGAGAUUAAGUAUAAAGUAGGUUGGGAAAUUAGGAUUGGGGGGGGGGGCUGAUCUAGUGGAUAAAAACGUAUCUUUUUGCAUCCGGUAAGUAUUAAAAAUGUGGCAAAAUGCUUCCCUCUCCAAGUGAAAAAACUUCGAGCUCAAAAGCCCUUCAAACCGAAGUUUUUUUUCACUUGGAGAGGGAAGCAUUUUACCACAUUUUUGAUGCUUCCCGGAUUCAAAAUGAUACGUUUUUUGCCAUUGGAUCAGGUCCCUCACUGUAUCAGGGAUCACUUGAUAUAAGAUACAUACACGUUUUUUUCAGGACGAGAACACCCCGAUCCUUCAUGCCCACACUCCAUAUCUUCUCCCACCUUUAGAGACAAUCUCAUCCCUCAGUCUGAGUGCUCCUGGCUUUGAAGUCUUAUCAUUGGAUCUGAAGAAGCAAGAAGAUCAACGGACACUAAUUGAUGUUCUUCAAAAACUCUGUGGACGAUUGCCUUUGAAGAAGACAACGAAGUAAGUGGUUAAUAUUGUCCUUUACUUUGUGUAUGAUGGAUAAUUGUAUUGUAAAAUUUUUGAUGAUUUUUUUUAGACAAUCAGGAACCUACGAUUUCCGAAAUCUUCCCACAACAAUCGUUCCCGGUCCCGACUCAGACUUACACGAUCUCAAACUGGAAGAUGUCUUAGCUCAAGCGGAAGAUGACGUGAUUCCGUUCUUUGUAUCACCUCCUUAA